GAUUCCUUUUUGGGCAAGUUUUACCUAACACCUAAAAACUCUACGUGGUGCUUGUUUUUACUUAGAAAUUACAGUUAAGAGAUAUAAUUAUUUUUCAAAAUCCUCACAUAUAAAUCGCCAUUUUUUGUGUAGCUAAAGCUUUAAAACUCCAACGCGUGCCGCUUUACUAACAACAAUUACUCCGGAGCAGUGCGGUCUAACGUCCCACACUCAAUAUGUCCGCCGCCAAGGUCCACAUUAGCUCGGUAGGAAUGCGGUAGGCGGGGCUGUUACGCUCGUGUCAAACUUUGGGAAUGACAGGAGUGCUGCAGGAUUCGCAAAGAAGGGGAAGUGUCGCCCUUGUUGGUCCUGUUUGGAUUACUUUGACUUCUUUUUCCGUACAGUCUUUGGAUUCAACACCUUUCUACAGAUAGCACGGCCCCAGCAGACUCCUCAGCCAUGUCGGAGGACCUGAGCUCCCAAACCUGGUCCAUCAACAAAGAUGAUUAUGAGCUACACGAGGUGAUUGGGAGUGGGGCUACAGCAGUGGUUCAAGCGGCCUACUGUUUACCCCGCAAGGAGAAGGUGGCUAUCAAACGCAUCAACCUCGAGAAGUGCCAGACUAGUAUGGACGAACUUCUGAAGGACUCCACUUACUGCCAGGAAACUAUUAGACCACCGUGGGACAUCUUCCUGCAGGCUAAAGAGAUUCAGGCCAUGAGCCAGUGCCACCACCCCAACAUCGUGUCUUACUACACCUCAUUUGUGGUAAAGGAUGAGCUGUGGCUAGUCAUGAAGCUGCUCAGUGGGGGCUCUGUGCUGGACGUGAUCAAGCACAUCAUCUCACGAGGCGAACACAAGACAGGCGUCCUGGACGAAGCCAGCAUAGCCACGGUGUUGAAAGAUGUGCUUGAAGGCCUGGAGUAUCUACACAAGAACGGACAGAUCCACAGAGAUCUUAAGGCUGGAAACAUACUCCUCGGGGACGAUGGUUCAGUGCAAAUUGCAGACUUUGGGGUCAGUGCCUUUCUAGCCACAGGUGGUGACAUGACUCGGAAUAAAGUGCGCAAGACAUUUGUGGGAACGCCAUGCUGGAUGGCCCCAGAGGUCAUGGAGCAGGUGAGGGGUUACGAUUUCAAAGCAGAUAUUUGGAGUUUUGGGAUCACAGCCAUUGAGCUUGCUACAGGAGCCGCACCUUAUCACAAAUACCCGCCAAUGAAGGUCUUGAUGCUGACGCUGCAGAACGACCCCCCAUCCCUGGAGACCGGUAUCACAGACAAGGAGAUGGUAAAGAAAUACGGCAAAUCCUUCAGGAAGAUGAUCUCCAUGUGUCUACAGAAGGACCCAGAGAAAAGGCCGACAUCCUCAGAGUUGUUGAAGCAUAAAUUCUUUCAGAAAGCAAAGACCCAUGAUUUUUUAAAUGAGAAGUUGCUUCAGAGGGCGCCUACAAUAUCAGAGAGGUCGAAAAGGGUACGUCGAGUGCCAGGUUCAAGUGGUCGGCUGCAUAAAACUGAGGAUGGCGAAUGGGAAUGGAGUGAUGACGAGCUCGAUGAAGAGAGUGAAGAAGGCAAAGCAGCCGUUGCUGCCUUAAGGUCACCAAGAGUGAAGGAAGGAUCACAGAAUUCGGAGGUUUUCCAGACUCCGGAGCCUUUAAGUAGUCAACUCCAGCCGACGGCCGCAGGUCAGGCAGAUCUACCUCAGGCUGCAGGCCAGGUUCCACUGCAGCCCGUCAACACUCAACCCACUGCCCAGGCUACAUCUCCCACACCAGGCCCACCCGCUGCUGCUGCCGCCCCCACACUGGCACAAGCUGUCUCAGGGGAUGUGAAGGCUCCCAUUAGUUUGGUAUUAAGGUUAAGAAAUUCGAAGAAGGAGCUAAAUGAUAUCCGCUUUGAAUUUAUGCCAGGGAGAGACACAGCAGAUGGUGUUUCCCAGGAGUUGGUGUCAGCAGGCCUCGUGGACGGGAGGGACUUAGUAAUAGUUGCUGCAAAUUUGCAGAAAAUAGUCGAUGAGCCUCAAGCCAAUAAAAAUGUCACUUUCAAACUGGCCUCUGGAAUUGAGGGAUCUGAAAUACCAGAUGACGUCAAAUUGAUGGGCUUUGCUCAGCUCAGCAUUAGUUAAACUGUUGUUCGACCUGGGACCGUGACUUGCCUAAAAAAUGUGAAAAUUUAAAAAAAAAAAAGUUAAAUGCAUUUUUUUCUUUCUAUGGCUGUAAAGAAACCACUACUGCCAAAGAAAACAGUACCGUUUUGUCACCCGUAGGAUUAUACAAUGCCGCCUCGUUGAAUGAUGUGGUCAGCUGAAGUAUCAGAGCGUACAGUAUAAGAAUCACUCAAAAAAGUUUACAGCGUAUAUGUAGAAGGAUGCAAGUAAAUACAGCAAACAGUUUUCAUUCUGGUCUCCCUCAUCUUAUUCUUUUUCUCUCUAAUAUGUGACGCAUUUGCACAAUCUGAACUAACGCCCUUGAAACCUGAUAAGUGUAACAAUGCCUUAUAAUCAUCGAAACUACUGAAUGCACGUUUUUCGGGGGACGUCCCCAGUUACCAUAUGGAGCAUUAUGUUGUCUGAAAUGUACAAAUGUGGUUUCAGUUGCUUGUGUCAAAUUUUUUACUUCAUUUUGAGAGGAGGUAAGAUGCAGCUAACUAAGGCAACUAGAGUUUAAAUUUUAGAUACUUCUACACUCUCCAAACAUAAUGUGACAUACAUACCAUCAGUAGCGAUCUUUAAAAGGUAAGGCAAGUUUUAUUCUUUGUUUUUCUUAUUGUCAGCAGGAGCGGUGAAAAUACAGAUAUGUUAACCUGUCACUGUAAAAAUCACAAUAUAUUUAUUGUUAUAUAGGAUAUUAGAAGUAAUAUAAAAUUUAAUUUAAAAAAAAAGCAAAAUAAUUCUCUGAAACCGCUUUGAACUGCUUUUGUCACUCACACAGAAGUAAAUAGUGCUUUUGUUGGGGACUAUUUUCAGGAUGGAUCACAACACAUUUGGGGCUGUUAUUAGUUCAGGCAACUGCAGGCCGAAAUAUGUGGGAUUUACUCAAUGUAUUACAGUGACCAUGUUCAUCAUGAACAAGAAAAUGACACCCACCGACAUGGUGCGGCUCAAUCUCUACAUUUGAACGCACAAAAUAUUCCAGUUUUUGUCUUUAUUCCAAAAAAUACAAUAUCACUACUAAGCUAUUUAGGUGGCUAACUAAAAAAACAUUUCACGUUUACAUGAAGCCAUUCAUUUAUCAGUUAAUGGGCUUUAACGUUGUUUAUCAUGUAAAAAAAUAAAUUGGAAAGUGGACAACUGCUUCUUUGCAUCACGAUAGGAUUAUUUAAAGUUUUCCAGCCGUGUUGGACCGAGCAAACACAGCCUCCCUCUUUCAUUCCUUCAACCACCUACUUGAAAAGGCUGGCAUUGUUAAAUAUUUGAACAUAUCCAAAAACCUGUUUAUAUCCAAGUCUUUCAUAGGUUUAAAAGUAGCAGUAGUUUCUUCUUCCGACCAGAAGUGUUUCUUUUAGGCAUACAUUUCGACCCUAGCCCUGCAAACGGUGACUCUGUGUCUGUGUUGCAAACUGCACGCCCAAUGCGCUGUAUACAAAUUCGGAAUUUUGUCAUAUUGGGAAUAACAGGGGAAUAUUAGCAUGCGUGUAAAAAUAACUAAUUCUGUAUUGUUAAUAGUUUUAGGGCAACAAGAAGGCAAUAUGAAAAACAAUGAACAUCACCGGUCUUAUCCUUUGAAGUAUUGAUACAACCAGCGUUAUUAGAGGGGAAACUCUCCCCAUGAAAGAGAAGAGCGUGAGACAAUUUGAAGCUGAUCCGAAGUUAAUAAAACAUAUUCAGAUCAUCCAGGACUUCAAAUUGAAAUACAUUUCAACAAGUUUAUCUAAUGAUAAAACUGGAUAGAUAAAAGGAAUGCAAGAUAUUCUUUAUUUUUUUAUUGCCAAAUCUGCCUCCACUCGUUUUACACAGUACGCUGCUCCAAGGUCUUCUUGCAAAUUUGAUUAUAUGUCAUAAAUUAUAGUGAAGUAAAAAGUUUUAUGACAGCUGAAACCACAAGUGUUGUAUGAGCAGAUGUGUCUGUCUGUGGGUAUUAGUUUAUGUCUGUUUCAGUUUUUGCAAAUUCUCUCAAAAAAAAGAAAAAAAAGACUUAAGUGCAUUUCUGUUUAUGUGGAUGAAACAUAAGUACUUGAUUUAACCUCUAGUAUGUAAAUAAUGACAUUUGGCUUUGAUUUGUUUUUAUACUGAGUGUUUCACUCUUGGCCUUUUUUCUGUCCUAUGACACGAUUGUGGGUUGUAGCGCUGCGUGAAGGAAGACAACAGCACUGCAAAUUUGGCUCUGAAUUCAUUCUGCGCAACAUACUGUCACUUAGUCAUGUAUGACGCUUUAAAAAAAACAAAAAAACACAAACCGCUUUUCACUUUUUGCCUUUGAAAAGUUCAAUCUGUUUUACAGUGGAGCCACGGCUGAUGCACUGCUUUAAUGCCACCUUAAAUCCCCCAAGUUGUGAGCUGAGUAACAGCACCUUUGUCUCCAACUCUUAAUAAAACCAAGUGGAGGCUGUUUACAGAAUUUAUUUUAACCCAAAUCUGAAGUCAUACAGCUGCUUUAUCACUUGUUAACUUUUAAAAGGCUUAAAUGAAGAUGUUAUGUCCUACAGUGUUGAAAAAGCUCAGCUACGAUUGCAAGAACGAUCAGAAAUGUAUUUUGGUCUCAGAUGACAAAGACAGUUAUCAGUGCAGUCACAUCCUUACAACCUAGACUCUGGAUGUUUUUGUGCAUUAGCAACAUGGUUUGAUAAUGAAUGUGCAACUUGCAGUUUUUAGCACCGACGGCAGUGGGAGGUUCAUUUAUUACAGCUCUAAUGUGUAGAUCUGAAACGCCAGCGAGGUUUUAUUGUUUCAUUUGGUGAUGUGAUAAUAUCAUAACCCUCCAGAUGCCAUAUUGAAUGGAAAUGAUUUUUUUUUUGCUUGCAGAUAAAAUGUUACGAGGAAGUCUUUGUAUUUUGACUUUAAACUUGUUAAAUUUUACGCUAGCCUUAAUUGAAAACGACCAAGUGUUUUUCUUUUUUCUUUUUUUGACGUAACGUUGAGGUUUGAUUCAGAUUUUCAGUGUCUUUGAAAUGUAGUUCUUGUUACACGUGAAGAUACCUGAAAUAAAGAUAUACAGGUGUGUCGACCCUGUGUUCUCCUCAAAGUGAGGUGACAAAGUCA